AUGAACAACCAGGGAAAUUUCCUUAACGGAAGAGCUAAUAACAACAAGGGGGGAGCUGGACCUGGAGGGGGAGGGAACUCCAAUUUGAACCCAACUUUAAAAGGAACCCCUCCGUAUAGCAAACAGGCAAGUAACAACUCGCCACAGUACCAUCAUCCGUAUAGCAGCAAAAAGAACUUCCCCAAAGGGGGCGUGAACUACGGCAGCGGUGGUGGAGGUUUUCCCAGCACGCCAGGCAAAAAUUUCGGCUUCGCGCCUGGAGGUUAUGCGGGGGUAGGGGUCAGCCCUCCAAGUGGCAUACCUCCUCCAAGUGGGAUUCCUCCCCCAGGUGGCAUACCUCCUCCAAGUGGCAUUCCUCCCCCGAGUGGCAUACCUCCUCCGAGUGGAAUUCCCCCCCCAAGUGGCAUCCCCUUCAUGAACAAAAAUUUCAAACCUGCGAAGGCCCCACCAUUCCCCAGUUACCUGAACAACAACGCUAUAAGUCCCCCUCCGCCCAGCAAGGGUGGCAGCACCGUCGCCCCCCCAGACAGCAACUGCAUCAUGAAGGAGGGUGGACCAGGCAAUUUUCCACUCCACAGCAAUUUAAAAAGCAAGAACGCCAACAUGUAUGCCAAUGCAGGCAGCAGCAAGUAUCACAUGGGGAUGAACCCCCCCCAGCCGCUGCCACCCCCAAGCGAAAGAAUCAACACUUUUCCCCCCUGCCCAACGGGCCCAAAUAGCAUCGCCGUAGGAGGGAACGCCUUUCACAUGCAGAAAAAAAAUCAGAUGAUGCACCCCCCGCAUGGCACUGAGAGGAACAAUCCCAUGAUGUUUGACAUGACACCUGGCUUAAACACUGUGGAGAAUUUCUCCAGAGAUGUAAAAAAAGACGAUCGAAUGUUUCCAGGCAAUUUCAUAGUCCCCCCUCCCCCGUAUGGUACGCCCAUGCCUCCGCCGUACCGCAUGAGCAGUGGCCAUAGAUUCCAGGGGGAGGCAUAUCCGGGGGAGGGCUACCCUGGAGAAGGCUACCCUGGAGGAGGCUACUCUGGAGAAGGCUACUCUGGAGAGGGAUACCCCGGAGAAGGCUACCCUGGAGAAGGCUACUCUGGAGAGGGAUACCCCGGAGAAGGCUACCCUGGAGGAGGCUACUCUGGAGAGGGAUACCCCGGAGAAGGCUACCCUGGAGGAGGCUACUCUGGAGAGGGGUACCCCGGAGAAGGCUACCCUGGAGAAGUGUACCAAGGCGACCUCGACAAGAGGGGAGCAACAAAAAGGGACAAGAAAAACCAAGGGAAGGGCAAUAUGAUGACAUACAACAUAAACGUGGACGGAAGGGAACGACUCCAAAACGAUUACAAUCAGCAUUUUGUAAACACAGGAGAGAGGCCACAGAAUUUUAUUAGAGACAGCGACGAAAACAAGAGGUUUGAUAAAUACCCUAAGCUGAAGCAACUGCUAGAAUUGAAAAAUAUCAUCAUAAAGAAGAGGUCCACCCCAGCUAGGUACAUAAAUUGUGACUUGAGGACAUUUGAUUUGGGAACAUUAGGAACAAAAUUUGAUGUCAUCCUUAUGGAUCCACCCUGGAAAGAAUACUACGAUAGGAAAAUUCACAAUCUAGACUUACUGAACAGCAUGCACAUAGAAAACUACGAUUUGAAUGGAGACAUAAAUAAUGACAAGGAUAAGUUCUGGUCUCUGGAUGACCUAGCCAGCUUAGAAAUCGAUAAAAUAGCAGAUAUUCCUUCCUUCCUAUUUAUCUGGUGUGGAAUCACUCACCUAGAGGACGCUCGAAUUCUCCUAAGCAAAUGGGGUUACCGCCGAUGUGAAGACAUAUGUUGGUUGAAAACAAACAUAAAGGAAACCAAUAGAAAGAGAAAGUACCUUAACGAAAUAAACAAUGAAAACUCAUACCUACAGAGGACCACUGAACAUUGCUUGGUUGGCAUUAAGGGAGCCGUUCGACGUUCGUACGACAUCCAUUUUAUUCAUGCCAAUCUUGACACUGAUGUCAUUAUAGCAGAUGAAACCGAUGAGAAUAUCUACAAUAAUAACAAGCCGGAGGAAUUGUACAAGAUUAUUGAGAAAUUCUGUCUGGGCAGGAGGAAGAUUGAGCUUUUUGGCACGAACAGGAAUAUUCGGAAUGGGUGGCUCACUUUGGGAAAGAAUUUGGAUACGACUCUUUUCAAUAGGGAGGAGUACACUGGGUGGUUCGAGGGGGACAUCGCCUGGCCCGAGGCCACUUCCUAUGUUGGAGGCAAGUACAUGGGGACCACUACCGAGAUUGAGAACCUGCGCCCCAAGUCGCCGCCGCGGAACAGCACUUAA